AUGUCGCGCGCUCCAUCUGCCGGAGACGUCGGAACUGGAGCAAGAGCAUCUUCUUCAGAGAGUAACCGCGUCGCUCUUGAAAAGCACGGAACAGACCAAGUAGCUCGAGUCAAAAACUCAGAAAGCCAUGUUGAAAGGGGGCGCCGCCAAGGCGGCACUGCCCAGACCAGGAGCCCCAGAGCGGACGAAGCUGUCUACCAGCAGCUCCUACUCCAGCAACAUCGGGAUGAGGACCUCCAGGUCCUCCAGCACCAUCGCCUCUGACCUGCGACUCAGCAAGAUAAAGAGGGCAAGCAGUGAUGAUGCUUUGGCUAAGCCUGUUCUGGGGUCAGUGGCUGCAGGCUCUCGCAUGAAGAAAACCAUCACCACAGGAGCCAUCUCCGAACUAACAGACAACAGACCACGUAGUGCUUCAAGCAACCAAUCAACCAAAAAAUCAGGGAUCCCAGCUCCCCGCGAGAUCCCACAGACCAUCUUCAGAGAACGGCUCUCAUUGCGUGAUCAGAAAAGCUCCAGCACCAAAAAGAUGGUCGGCAGUUCAAGCACCUCCAGCCUGUCCGCAUUGACCAAGCAGUCCCGCGGCUCCGUCAAGACCAAAGCGGAGUGUGUACUUUCGGACAAAACCCUGCUGGAGAGUCAAGUGAGGGAACUUCUGGCUGAAGCCAAAGGCAAAGAGUUUGAGAUCAGUAAGUUAAGAACAGAGCUCCAGCGGCAUACAGGGAAGGGUUUACCAUCGGACGCUGGGACACCAGAGGGAAAUUCUGAAUUAGAAAGGACACAACCUGGUGACAUCCACACGCUUGUAACAGAGCUAAGGGACAAAAAUGGACGUUUCCAGCGUGAGUUAGCCACACUGCGAGAAGAAAACCAAGCUUUGAAACAGAAGCUCAUUACAUUGGAAAACAGCACAAACAUCACAGCAUCUCUCACCGGAUCCACUACACAUGCAGUUAAUGGGGUUUUGCCAGACUCCAGCUUCGACGCUCAAGCUACGGUCAAUGGCAGCCAGCCCAAAACUUCAUCUAGUAGUGACACCACCAAAGGCUCUCCUGUACCUUCCUCAGACUCUUCAGACUUUGUGAAGAUCCCUUCAGACUCGGACAGUAGCAGCGUUCAAGGUGAGCUCUCAAUGAAGUCCCUGAUGGAGCGCAUACAGAAGAUGGAAGAAAGUCAUCACAGCACAUCCGAAGAACUUCAGGCCACUCUUCAAGAGCUUGCCGAUCAACAGCAGGUUGUCCAGGAGCUGACCGCUGAAAAUGAGCGUCUGGCAGAGGAGAAAGGCCUCCUACAGACCUCUGUACAACAGCAACGGGAGCGCGUUGAACUCCUGGCGCAACAGAACGAGUCCCUUCACCAAAGGCUCAGAGAACAAGCUCAGAGUCAAGAAGCCGAGGCCUCUCGUGUCACCCGCACCGCGGAGCUGGAACAGCGUCUGGCUGAGCAAAUGGAGAGUUCCCGCUUCGAAAGAGAAAAACUGGUAGAUAUCCAGCAGCAGCUGACGGGCAGUCUCAGGGCUUUGGAGAAGGAGCAUCAAGAGGCGCAAGCAGUCAUGAAGAGCUUUAAGGAAGAGAUGGAGGUUCUUCAAGAACGUCUGGAGAGGGAGAAGGUUGCUGGAGACGAUGCGUUGAGGAAAGCUGAGGAGCAGCGGUUGGAUGUGGAGGCUCUGAAAGCAGAGAAUGUUAGUCUGAAGGCUCAGGUGGAGACGGAGAGGCAGAAGGUGGCUGAGCUGAAGGCGAUGCAGAGUGCCAGCGACAACACGGAGUUGCAACGUCUGCUCGAAGCGGCGCAUGAAGACAGAGACAAGCUUGAGAACAGCUGCAAGGAGCUGCGACAAGAACUGCAGCGGGCGCGGAGUAAAGCGGAGAGCGCUCAGGGCGUGCUGGCUAAGGUGGAGGCAGAAAGGCAGCAGCUCCUGGAGAGGGUGGAGAAACAGGAAGAAGAUCACAAAGUCAACACACUCGCUCUAGAGGAGAAAAGCCAAGACGCUGAGAACCAGAUCAAGGACCUGAAAGAGACCAUCUUCGAGUUGGAGGACCAGGUGGAGCAGCAGAGGGCUGUUAGACUACACACCAAUCAGACCAUCCUGGACCUAGAGAAUCAAACGAAGAGGCUGGAAGAAAACAAGGCUGAGCUGGAGAAGCAGAUUAAAGUCCUGAAUAAACAGAUGAAGGACGAGACAGAGGAGUGGCGCCGUUUCCAGGCCGACCUCCAGACAGCAGUGGUGGUUGCUAAUGACAUCAAGGUGGAGGCUCAGCAGGAGCUGCGCAUGUUGCGCAGACAACUGCAGGAGGAGCAAGAGCACAAUGCCGCACUGACCACAGAGCUGGAACAGAUCCGAGGCACCAGGUCAUGGAGUGAAGUUAGUAGUCUCUCAGACUCAGAAGGCAGUCCUCAAUGGUGUAGAAUGUCCGUGUCCCAGAAUGCACCUGGCAGUUUUAUAACCAAUGGCAGUGGGAGUGGAAUCAUCACCCCGUCAGAACCUGGAACCACGGUCAAAACGCUCAUCAAGUCCUUUGACACGACCUUACCAAACGGAGGCAGCAGCACAGUACAGAUGCACACGUCUCCCAGAAGCCCCUUGAGCGGCAUACCGGUCCGCACGGCCCCUGCUGCAGCCGUCUCACCUAUGCAGAGGCAUUCUGGAAUCAAGCUGUUGUCCACGACCCUUGAGAGAAGAUUCGCAUUUGGAGGCUUCCCUCACUCCGGGUCAUGUGAUGAAACGAAGCCCUCGUCUCUUAUGAGGAAGAGUCCAUCCCUGGAGUCAGUGAUUAAAAUUCCAGCUCAUUUCAACAGCCGGACCUCCUCAUUCACUUACAACAAAGCCAACAGCAAACUCAAUGUGGAAAGAACAGACCCUCUGUCUGCUCUGGCGCGGGAGUACGGUGGAUCUAAGAGGAAUGCUCUACUGAAGUGGUGCCAGAAGAAAACAGAGGGCUAUCCGAAUAUAGAUGUGACAAACUUCAGCAGCAGUUGGAGCGAUGGCCUGGCGUUUUGUGCUCUGUUGCACACCUAUCUGCCAGCACACAUCCCUUACCAGGAACUUAUCAGCCAAGACAAGGGACGAAAUCUCACACUGGCUUUCCAGGCAGCUGAAAGCAUCGGCAUCAAGCCCUCUCUGGACAUAGAUGAAUUGAUGCACACGGACCGACCAGACUGGCAGAGGGUGAUGCAGUAUGUGUCUCAGAUCUACAAGUACUUUGAGACGUAAUUCCGAACAGAAGGAUGGGGAAGAUGGAAGCGGCACCAAAGCACUUUUCUGCAUCGGUUCAGUUUAGUCUAGUUGUUUAAUUGUUGGAAACGCACACACUUCUCAUAAUACCACGAGCAUAUAAAAACAUCUCAAACAAUCGCUUUCACAUUUCACUAUUACCUACAUGUACACACAUAUUAAUAUACCUAGAAAGUAUUUUUAAUGUUUUUGUUUUUCCGCAAAUUAUUUGAAGGACUACAGUAUGAAAAUGAAUUUAAUAUGCUUUGGUGGAAAUGUCUCUGUAGUUUUGAUAUAGAAAAAGACACAUUUCAUUUAAAAUGUUCCAAUUUAUCAAAGCAUCCAAACGCCGAUCAUUUCGCUAUUACGUUGAAAGCAAGUCAGAAAGUCAAUAUCUGAUUGAAUCCUUUGAGACAUUUCAAACCAUCAUUAUUGAUUAUUUCAUGUUCAUUGUGCCUGUUUAAAUGACAUUGAAUGUGUGUAAACUAACAACGGUUGGGAAUGAAUGUGGAAACAUUUGGAGCGUGUCAGCUAUGCAUUCUGUUUCGACCAGAAAGCGGGAUGGACAUGCAAAAAUAAUAUUUUUGGAUAAGAGUAAAAUAUGUCAAACGCAUUUCUGUUUUCAGUUGUAACAGCUGACAACACUCUCAGAAUGUUUUGUAUGGAAAUGCUAUUUAUGAACUUUAUACUGUUGAAUAUUUGUGGAUGAGUGUGUAUGUGGUUAACAGAGAAUAAUAAUAAAGUGUUUUGCUUGAUUGUUUGUUUUCGAGAGUCACAUUAGGAGUAGAACUUGCUAAUGUAACAUGAAGAAAAACAAGUGAAAUAGUGUUUUGACAAUAAAGGAGUUGUACUGGCACCGGGUUUUAUAGGUCUGUUAAAAAGCAGUAAAACAGAUGUGUAUUGAUUGAGUCCACAGAGAUACAAAGUGUCCAUAGUGUAAAUGUUUAGGAGUUCCCCAAUAUUAUCACUUCACUCACUCGUUACACAUUCCAAGAUCUCUGACAACUCGGCAAACAUAAAUACAAUCAAUGCUUGACACAUCAAUAAAGACAAAAAUAGAAUUUACAAAGCAGAUUUCGGACCGUAUGCAUUUUAAGAUUAACAAGUAGAAUCUCAAAAUACUUCACAUGAUGUCAUUGUAAUAUUUGCACAUUCUGAUUUUUUAUAUGAAAUAAAAUUAGCAUAUAGCCUUUUUCAUAUUUAUGUUUAGUGCAUUUGUGAUAUUUGCGUGUGACAAAUAUGAAAUAAAUGUAAAAUAGAUCUCGACUUUACAGAAGUAAGGGUUCGUCUUUCAGUGCACCGUCGUAUCGUGUCUUCUUACCUGAACAGACAAUGUUAACAAACACACCAACCGCAUCAUUUGUACAAUAAUUCUAUAAUAUUACCUUUCAGUUUGACAGAUCGUGCGCGUGGGCGUGGUCACGUACAGCGCACGAUUUUUUUCCUGUUUGAAAAUCCAUGUGUUGCGCUCCCAGCGAGUCAGAUGACCGCCGCUUCUCCAACAUGCACGAGACCCGAUUCCUGUCCAGGAAAACGAGGAGAAGCCACUGACAUUAAAAACACUCUUCAUAUGAGGGUAUAAGGAGCUCGUCACCGGAAAGCGAGCGCGCGAAAUCAUCGCCAUUUUAUGGAUCCUGUCCUUUAUCAUUGGACUCAUCCCGUUCGUG